AUGGCCUCGAUUCUCCGCCAAAUCGUCGCCGGUCCCAGAUUACAGCACCCAGAAUCGAAUCUCGAUCUAUGCUAUGUGACAGAUAAAAUCAUCGCCACGUCAGGACCCUCAGGAACCUACCCCCAACGCGCAUAUCGCAACCCCCUCGACGCCCUAGUCAACUUCCUCGAUCUCAAACAUGGCUCAAACUGGUGUAUCUGGGAAUUCCGCGCCGAAGGAACAGGUUAUCCGGACUCAGAAGUCUACGGCCGAAUCCACCAUUUCCCAUGGCCGGAUCACCAUCCCCCGCCCUUCGCCCUACUCCCAAAUAUAAUGGGUAGUAUGCGAAACUGGAUACACAAAACAGAUGACAUUACAGUGACCAAUAACGAUAAGGAUCAAGAUGGCUCGAGCUCGAACGAGAGGGUCAUCGUCGUACACUGCAAAGCUGGCAAAGGACGCAGCGGAACUAUCGCAACAGGAUACCUGAUCAGCCAGGAGGGGUGGAAGAAGGAAGAUGCUCUUCAGCGAUUCACGGAACGACGCAUGCGCGUUGGGUUCGGUGCUGGAGUUAGUAUUCCCAGUCAACUGCGAUAUGUUGGGUAUAUUGAUCGGUGGACGAAUGAGUUACAUAAGGAAUAUGUGGAACGGCCUGUUGAGAUUCUGGAAGUUCAUAUCUGGGGACUGAGAGAUGGAGUUAAAGUUGCCAUUGAAGGAUUCGAGGAUGAGGGCAAGAAAAUCAAACCAAUUCAUAUGUUUCAUCGACGAGAGCGAACGGUCAUCGACUCGGGAAAUACCACUCCGAAAGAAAAAGAAGAGUCGCAGUCCAAGACAGACUCCUCUACUCCAGCUCCAUCGGGAAAUGCAACUCCUCUAGACUCACAAACCGAUAUCUCGACCCCAUCUACUUCCCGCCGAACAACAGGAUUGCAACAGACGUUGUCGGCUGUCAUAUUCCGGCCUGAGAACCCCGUUAUCGUGCCUGGGUCAGAUGUGAAUAUUGAUUUCGAGAGAAGGAGCAAAGCCUCGUAUACAGGAUUUGCAAUGGUUACAUCCGUCGCGCAUGUAUGGUUUAAUGCCUUCUUUGAAGGUGGACAUGAGAAUGAGUCUGGUGUUUUUGAAACGGAGUGGGCUGCCAUGGAUGGAAUCAAGGGGAGUGCGAGGAAAGGUAUUCGUGCUCUAGAGAGAUUGAAGGUUGUAUGGCGGUAUCCUGUGACGGAGGAUGUGGCGACUGCUGCUACUACUACGACUGGGCGACCGAUUAGUGAGCCGAAGCCGGGAGAACCUAUUUGUGAAAGUCAUCCUGCGGAUUGGAGGGGUUCGUUGGAGCAGCCUCGUCAUGAUGAGAGUUCAAAGGAUAAGAAGGAGAAUAAGUCUUUACGGGAACGGGGUGCUGAGGGGCAUGACUUUGCUGGUGCCCCUACCCCCGUGAAGGAUGGUGAUGGUGAUGCCAAUGGUGGGAUGUCGGCACAGGAGUUGGAGAGACAGUUUGGAUUGCGGGCGCAGACGGAUGCUAGUAAGGAUGUAAGUCUUGCUGGGACUGAUGAUGAGGGGCGCUCGGCCACGGAUGAUGAAGGACGAGUGGUGAAGGCUAAGGAGAAUGGGAAUGGGGACAUGGAGGGAGUGAAGUCUUAUUUUGAGAAGAAUGGGGAGAAUAGGUGA